CUGCGCGUUGUCCCGUGCGCUGUGUGCCGUGCUCUGCCGGCUCGCCCUCGUCCCGGCUCUGGCCCGAGUAGCCCGGCGCAGCCCGGCGCAACUCAGCGCUUCGCGGCGCAGCCAUGUCUAAUAGGCGCGUGUCCCGCUGGUACUUCGGGGGGCUGGCCUCCUCCGGGGCCGCGUGCUGCACCCACCCGUUGGACCUGCUCAAGGUCCAUCUACAGACCCAGCAGAAGAUAGAGAUGAAGAUGACUGGGAUGGCGUUAAAGGUGGUGCGGACCGAUGGCUUCCUGGCCCUGUACAAUGGCAUCAGCGCCUCCAUCUGCCGGCAGAUGACCUAUUCCCUUACCCGAUUUGCCAUCUAUGAGUCAUUCCGAGACCGCCUGACUGCAGGGAACCAGGGGCCCAUCCCUUUCUAUAAGAAGGUGUUGUUGGGAUCUUUUGGAGGUUUUGCUGGUGGUUUUGUGGGGACUCCUGCAGAUAUGGUGAAUGUCAGGAUGCAGAACGACAUGAAGUUACCUGUGCACCAAAGGCGGAACUAUUCCCAUGCUUUAGAUGGCAUCAUACGUGUAGCCCGUGAAGAAGGCAUAACAAAACUGUUUUCUGGAGCUACGAUGGCAGCAUCCCGAGGGGCUCUUGUCACAGUGGGGCAGCUAUCUUGCUAUGACCAAGUCAAGCAGCUGGUCCUCAGCACAGAAAUGAUCUCAGACAACAUCUUUGCCCACUUCCUGUCCAGUUUCAUUGCCGGCGGGUGUGCCACCUUUCUGUGCCAACCCCUGGAUGUACUUAAGACUCGUCUGAUGAACUCCAAGGGGGAAUAUCGGGGUGUCAUUCACUGUGCUUUGGAGACAGCAAAACUUGGACCACUGGCCUUCUACAAGGGCUUUUUACCUGCUGGAAUCCGUCUAGUCCCCCACACCGUCCUCACCUUCAUCUUUUUGGAACAGCUCCGAUUAUACUUUGGAGUGGAUGCUUGAGCUGGGCUUGUUUUGGUGGGAGCCAUACAGAUGCUGCAAGGCUCCCAGUCAACCCAGAAUUCUUCCAAAGAGACCCAGGGAGGGAGUGCUUCAGCACCCUCUCAGGGGCCAGUACUUUCCACAUUCCUUUCUUGUUUUCCCCUUUUGUGUCACCUGUGUCCACUUUGGCUCAUGAGCGUGGUUGUCCCAAAGGUGUCAAAUCCUCACCUUCUCCCCCUCUCCCCCAAACUUAGGGAUCAAAAUGGUUUUUCAUCCUGUCCUGACAGAAGCCUCUUAAUCCUACCAGUCCCUUUCACUCCAUCUAUGUAGCCUAAUUUGCCUUAACUGUCCCCUUGGCCUCUCGUCUGGGCCCUCAGAAUGCUUUCUGUGCUUUACCCUCUGCCUCAUAGAAGGGGAGGUUCCAAUAUGUUUCGUAGCCAAUCUGAAAAAAACCUUGAAAUGUGACUCCUUCCCCCCACUGCUUAUUCCUCCCUCCCUAUCCUACCCUGGACUUCCCUUUGCUUUUAUACGAGUGGGGAAAAUAAAUGUUUACAGGAACUCUCCCCUCCUCCAAUCCCCGCUUCCUUUCCUUGGGAAUGUGAAGUACAUUCUGGUGGUGGUAGCCCUCCAGCCUAAAGAUCGGGUGGAGACGUCUUUCUAAAGCCUUCCUUACCCCGGGAAGUUAUAAAGUGCAAAAGUUUUUGUAGAGGAAAAUUAACUACUGUAAUUAACACUGAAUGGAUGGUAACCUUCCAUACUAUUUCGGUAGUCAAAGAGAGACUGAGGGGUAAGGUAAGGUAUAUCUUCAGUCUGUCAAUCAUAACAGAAUAUGGAGCAUCCAGAUUUGGCUUGGUACCCCGGGUGAACAUAUGUUUAGUUUCCUUCUUAGAUUAUUCUCAUUUUGGGGUGUAUUAAUUGGAGAAUUGAGCACUGUGAGCCUUAUUUUUUCCUCUUUUGACUGUGAAAGAGGAAAAUUGAUAUCCAACAGGUAUGGUUCUCCAUGGGUCUUGGUGAGAAAAAGAUGAUAGUUUCUUUUCCUCCCUCUCUCAUCCUCCCGGUGACACUUUCUCCCCCUCUCAUCAUUUCUACCGUAAAGUCCAUCAUGUCUUCCUAGUCUCUGUCCCUUUGCCACCCAGAUCAAAGGGGCUAAAACAUCACCCAGUCUGUAACAUUCCCUUACGCCACCACAGCUUACUGUCCCUUCCUCCCAAGUCAGAUCUCUAGUGGCCUCCAUUGCCAACUGCUCAGUGAUUGCUUUAAAGAUCAAAUUUUAGCCAAAACUCAGGCACCAAAUAGCUGCUGCUGUCUUCAGGGAUUUCUCCUCUCUGCCUUCUGCUUUCUCUUCUCCUCUCCCAAGCCCCCCAUCUCCUUACUUUAUGGUACCACAUUUCACCACAGCUACUGAGUGACUUGUGUUGGACAAAGGCUCAGGAGGCCUGGGGGUGGAAGGAAGCAGAUGUAUAUUUUGACUUUUUAUUUUUUCUCAGCCCUCAAUUCCCUACCUCCCUCAUAUUUGAUAUUACUUGUGUAGAAAGAAGUUGGACCAGUCAAGUUGGCUGAUUUCCAGCCAAACCAUUAUGGCACCCAUUUGGAGGUGUCUUUAUACCCCCACCCUGGGCUCAUUAUUUUUCUAGCUGACAUUAGUGUUCCUUUCUGCUUGUUGUCAACUACCCACCCUGUGGCCCUUAGGAAGGAUACUGUGUCCUCAUAUGUACUGUGAAAAUUUAGAGACAGGCAGAAUUGCCUAGUGGUUAGAGCCCUGGACUAAAGAGUUGGGAAGACCACUCACACUAGGCUCUUUUGACCCUGGUCAAGUCACUCAACUUGUUUGAGCCUCGAUUUCCUCGUCAUAAAUAUAUCAGCAGUAUCGUCAUAAAUCAUAAAGUAACACUAUAAAAACAAGUCUAAGGACAGCAUCUACUUGACAGGGCUAUGGCGAGGAUUAUAUUAGCUAAUGUGUGUUAUACACUAUUGAGAUGUGAGCUGCUGCUGUUACUGCUACUUACCUAUGUAUGGGAGCGGUUGCAGAUCAGUCAGGCAGCUUAUCGAUGAUUCAGAAUAGCUUCCAUAAACCAGUGGGAAAAGCUUUCCCUUUCUAAGUCAGUUUUUAGUGAGUUCAUCUCUUGGCAAACCAGCACCAACCAGGUCUUGAGAUUUAGAGAGUAUUCAAAGAAGACAUCGCUUGCCCUUUGAGCUUACAGCAUAUGAGGGGGAAGCAACUGGAAACUGAUUCUGGAACUACAGAGGAGAGCGUGGCCUGGACCAGAAACAUAUCUCAUAGGAACAGGUCUUUACUGAGGGCUGCCAUGUGCCAAACUAGAGCCAUGACCAAAUGGGAUAUUGUCACUGUCAUCUGGAUGUGAGGUACCUGCUCGUACGCAGUAGGGUAGAGUUUCUAUGGCAUUGGGGAAUCCUUGUAGCAGUCAUUUAGAAAAUUGGAUUUAAUAAGAUAAACAGCCUCAAUUACCGUGAGCUCCGUUGCCCACCUAUCACCACCACUCCCUGCACUCGAGGAAAAUGGAGCCAGGCUCUUUAUUCUAGUUCUUCUCUGAGUUUGUUCCCCACUUCCCGUGUUAGAUGGUUUCUUUGCGGUGUAUAGAUGCUUCUAUAUUAAGGGCUCAGUGCCACAUGUUCUUAGUCCUGAGCCCCCAGCUGGUGUUUAAAGGAGUUCAGAGCUAAGGAGUUCUGCUUGAUGAGGCCAAGAAAGGUAGUUAGCAGAAGGGGUGCAGAGAUUUGUCUUUGCUAAGAUUUCCAGAGAUUUCCUUUACCCUUCCUUGGUACGGUACAAGAAGGAGUGGGAGGGUCAUUCCACUGAGCUGAGUACCCAGUUUGAUUUACUUGACAUGGGUAAUGAUUUGGGUGGUAGAACUAACAGAAAAAGUUUGUAUCUGCAUUUAAAUUUUCAUUACCCUGUCUUUGUAAUGGCACAGGUCACUGCUGAACUAGCUUUUUCUGGUCCUGGUUUUUGCCCCCCUCUCCCCUAGAAAGUAGCUUUGGAUGAAUACAGGACUGUCACCACCCCACCCCCCAAAACAAAACAAAGGCUAGGGCUAGUCUCAGAGGAAUUGUUGAAAAUAACAUUGUGGAAUUUUAGAACCAGAAGUAGCUUGUAUUCAUAUGGUGUUGAACGACAAUGAAGCAUUUUGCCCAUGGCAUCAUGGGAUGGUGUUGAGAGUAGAUAGAUCACCAUUUUCCAGAUGAGGAAACAGGCCAAGUUGAAGUGACCGUUCCAAAUACAACACAGUAUAGCAAUUGAGGAUUAGGACUUGAAUUGGAUCUCUUGAACCAAGACCCCUCUUCCCAUAAUACCUCAGUACCUCCUGGAAGGGACCUUGAAGAUUAUCUAGUCCAGUUUCUCAUUUGUUUCUUGGUUGGCAUUUUUAGAUUUUUUUUUUUGGUUGAUCAGUCAUAUCUCAAUUUCCACCAACAUGAGCAUUCAAAUAUAUGAACAAAAAUGGGAGAUUAAAAACAAAUAUAAACUACUGAACAAAACCAUGCAAAAAAAAAAAGUGAUUGCAAGUGAUUGCACGUGUAACGAUAUUCAAUGUUAUUUACCAGUUGUUAAAAGAAACUAUUAAUUUUAACAAGGUUGUGUCAAUACUGUCUUUUGUAUUUAACAUGAAUUUUUUUGCAAUGGUCAUCUUCAAUUACAUAGUUGUAAUCAGUGUA